CAUAGUCUUUCUAUAAAUCGCAAGCAAAAUGGAUUUCGAGGCAAUUUGCGAAAAGUCCAAGGCCUUCAGCACCAAGCCACCAAAUGAUGUUUAUCUGGAAUUCUAUGGCCUCUACAAGCAGGUGCACACUGGCGAUGUGAACAUCGAGAGACCCGCCGAUGCCGAGGGCAGCGCCAAAUACGAUGCCUGGCUGAGCCGCAAGGGCAUGUCCACGGAUGCCGCCAAGGCCGCCUACAUUGUCCUCUAUGAGAAAUACGCUCCCAUCUAUACAUAAAUUGAGCUAAUAUCGCAAACACGUUGUUGCAUUAUAAUAAAACAAGUGGCCCAUAAAAUGGGCUGCUUAGUCAGCCCCCAAUGCUGAUAAACUAAA